AUGUUACAGUUUAUCAUUUUUAUCAUUCAAAUUUUACCAGCAAUUCAGGAUGUUGGUAAAACUUCACAAUCAAAUAAUUUACCAUCAGCACCACCACAACCACCACCAGUGGCGGUGAGAUUUGGUGAAAAAGAUGCAGUACAUGAUACAUCGCAUAUCAAGCAACAUUUGAAGCGGAAAGUGGAUGUUCGCAGAAUGUCAUUCAACAAAGAUUUGGAAACUUUUCAUUAUUUCCGAAUGCAUGAUUUAAAUAAAGAUGGCAAAAUUGAUGGUGUUGAGCUUAUUAAAGGAUUAACCCACUUACAUGAAAAAAUGAAUGAGAAUACAGGAUCGAUUUCUGAAACAGAUUUGGAAGAUAUUGUAUCAGAGACAUUAAAAAAAUUGGAUAUCGAUGAUGACGGUUAUAUAACAUAUGCUGAAUAUAGACAAAUUGUUUGA